GAGAAACCGGGAGACUCUGCAAUAACUGACAUGGCGGAGGAGGAGGAGAUCCUGGAUCCGGGCACUGUAACGUUUAACGAUGUGGCAGUUUACUUCUCAUUACACCAGUGGGAGCAGCUGGCAGACUGGCAGAGAAAACUCUACAGGAAUGUCAUGAAAGAGAUCCAUGGGGCGCUAACUGCUCUUGGUUAUGAGAUUGCUAAUCCGGGUAUAUUGGUGAAAGUUCAGCGUUCAGAUGGACCAUAUUACAGCUCUAAUGAAGUGGAGGAGGAGGAUAUGUCUCCAGAUGACACGGUGUGGGAGUCACCCGUGAGUUUGAAGGAAGAGAACAUCAAGGACAGUGAUUCUAUGUCUCAACUUCCACUUAUUAAACCAGAUAUCUUCCUGAGGGUUAAAAUGGAAGAGGUUAACAGUGACCAGGGUUGUCAAACGUCCACUCCGAAAGUAAAUAAGGACGACUACGAAGAUGAUGAAGAUUCCCAUUCGGCCAUUUUCAACCCAGAGAUGUCUUUGUGGAUAAAGCAGGAGGAGGAGCCCCCCUCUGAGGAACACAGCUCCUCUCUAACAGAAGAAAAUGUUUCUUCACCCAGCGAUAAGGCGGUCCAUAGUGAACACACCGCCCCAUCGAAGACCGCAGAACAUGCUCGGCCUAUACCAGACUUCGUGAUGGGGAGUCUGCUUCGCUAUUUUGAGGAAGAGAAAGAGAAGUAUGUUCAGAAGAAUGGCUCUUCCUUUCCCGGUGUCCACCUGCUGCCCGGUAUGCUUCCUGCUGGCUGGGGGCUCCCUACUGUGACCAGCAGUAAACAAGCACGACUGCGGAGUAACACCGGUACGGUCAAACAGUAUAAAUGUGCUCACUGUGAGAAAAGCUUUAUCAGAAGCACUCAGCUGAAAGAGCACAUGAGAACGCACACCGGAGAACGCCCCUAUCAGUGUCUGAAGUGUCCUAAAAGCUUCAGCCGCAGUACGCAGCUUCGAGAUCACCAGCGAACACACACAGGGGAAAGACCUUACAGAUGCAAUCAGUGUGGCAAGACCUUCACUCACAGCUCCAAUCUCAUCCACCACAGGCGCACCCACACUGGAGAGAGACCGUACAAAUGCAACCUGUGCCCCAAGAGCUUCAGCCAGAACUCUGACCUAAACCGCCACCAACGCACCCACCUGACCGGAAACCGUCCCCAUCAGUGCACACGCUGUCAUCAGUUAUUCAUAUACAAGUCUCAACUACGCAUGCACAGCCGGGUGCACCUGGUGGAAGAUAUCCUUCAUGGAGGAGAGAGAGAAGUACGUGGCUCGGAGUCAGCAAGGAGCUCUCAAUCACUCUAAACACUUGCUGUGGUUUUACAUUCUUUUGGACUUUGUCCAAAUUAAUCUUUAUUGAUGGAACUUUGCAUUUUGUCCAUUAAUUGAUUCACAGUGAGUUUUCCAUUCCUUGUUGGUGUCCACAGUUGAGUAUAGUGACUGUGUGAGUGACAUUUAUACCGUGGCUCCAUACGUUGUGUACAUUGUGGGUAAUUCAUUAUGGGAGUUCCAUGCAGAUUGGGAUACCGAUGCUUUGAGCGCACUCUUAAUGUCCAUUGUCACAAUACAGUAUUCACUUUCUGCGUACAAACCUUUGCCUACCCAUAUUUCUGGUUUAAAAUGUCUGAUUUCAGGACACUUUCCUCAAACCAAACUUGUUCUGGUUCAGUUUGGUGCAACUUAAAAUCAGUAUUUUAUGACGAAUCCCCAGCAGAACCUCGUUUUAAUUCUCAGGGGGCUAAUCCUGGCCAGGCUCAAUGUAUCCAACAACCGCAUUCAUAGAAGAAUGCCAGCUCUAGCAAGUCUCCAUGUGUCUAAAUCAAACACAUCUCUCCCUGGGUGCACAGUCUGCUAGUGGGUAUCGCUUUUCCUGGUCCUAUGUGUUGGCCACUUCCUGCAUCUAUUC